AUGGAGCCAGGCGAUACUGAUUACACUUAUUGCUCAUCUACUCCGCGAUUAGAUCUUCCACCAACCGUAGUGGUGGACGAUAUUGAUCCUUUACCCAAGCAAGAACAGCCUGACGAUUCUAUCGGGCGACUCGAAUCACGAUUUCUUGCGCCUUCAGCCGUCAUGGCGUCAGAGACGCAUCCCAUAGACAUUGCCACCACUGGUGCUCCGCAUAAUCCAUUCAAUUUCCAAACACAGGUGAUAUCUACAUCACCUGUUAAAUCGAACAUCGGCCAACGUCGUGGCCACAGGUAUAAGCAUAGCAGCAUCUCAGCUCAACAUCAAAUUUUCCAAGAACCGCCGCCGAGACCCCCUCCUGUCCUCCCAGCGUCACUCCCCAUUCCGACACUCUCAGAAGCAUGGAAGAGUAUGCACAAAGAACAACGCACCAGACUCUACUGGAGUAUGUGCCACCUGACUGUUGCUAUCUUUAUCUUCUUCAGAUCUGAGGGAUCUCUCUCUGCUAUGGCUUUGUCUCAUUUGGUUUUUUUCGACGCUGGAAGCGCCGCGGUAUGUGUUGUUGUGGAGGUACUAGGAAACUUCGAAGUUUGGCGACGUAGCAGCAUACGGCACCCUUUUGGACUAGAGAGAGCCGAAGUCCUUGCUGGAUUCGCAAUGUCCAUAUUUCUUCUCUUUGGAGGCUUCGAUCUCGUAUCUCAUAACCUCAAGCACUUUUUGGAGACAUUGGGUACCCAUGAGGCGCACCACGAGCAUGCACAUGGCCGAGUGUCAGCCAGUUCAAUCGACCUGGUAGCUGCUGUCGCCAUUGUCAGCACCUUAGUUUCUGCCUAUGGGCUGAAGAACCACUCCCGUAUUGCCAAGGUUAUGAGAGUCUCCUACCUGGCCGCCCUCCCAAGCAUUCUUUCCAAUCCGUUUCACUUUCUGACCUUAUUCUUCUCUUUGAUUGUUGCGUUAUUGCCCCUGUUAUCGAUUUCGCUGUAUACUUGGUUAGAUCGAUUAAUCUGCGCCACUAUUUCAGUAGCAAUGUUCAGUCUUGGUAUGCGAGUCGCGAUCGCGCAAGGUCUCAUGUUGCUGAUGUCUUAUGGCGGAACGAAUGGAGACUUGGGAGUGACAUCCGUGCUGCAAGAAAUUGAAUCAGAUAUGGCUAUAACUCGAGUCGAAGAGUCUCAAUUCUGGCAGGUUCACUAUGGUUUAUGCAUGGCUAACCUAAAAGUUAGUGUCGUGAGGGGCUGCGACGAGGCUGCUGUUAGCAAGUUGCGGAAUCGGAUUUCAUCAUUAAUCCAAAAUAGACUUGGGGAGGGUUAUGGCGUGGGUGGUAAUAUACGAUGGGAGGUCACACUACAAAUACACACCAAUGCCAGUCUUUGA